ACUAAACCUGAAUCAUGCGUCUUGUUUUGGUCGCAAUUUUUUUCUACAUCAGUUUCGUUCCAGUUAAAGCAAUUUUCAGACCGGCUGUAAUAAGCAAUAGGCGAUUACCUAAUGAUUUCAUGAUCGGUUGUGCUACCUCGGCGUACCAAGUUGAAGGCGGUUGGAACGAAGAUGGCAAAGGUGAAAACAUGUGGGAUCGUUUCACCCACGCCCAUCCAGAGAAUAUUUCCGACCAAAGCAAUGGUGACAUUGCAUGCGACUCUUAUCACAGGAUAAAAGAGGAUGUCGAGAUGAUUAAGGCCGUAGGCUUUCACCACUAUCGGUUCUCAGUUUCGUGGAGCAGAAUUCUUCCAAAUGGUUUUGCAAAUGUGGUCAACAUGAAAGGGGUCGAGUAUUAUAAUAGGCUCAUCGACGAGCUCAUCGCCAACGGCAUAACUCCGAUUAUAACAAUUUACCAUUUUGAUCUUCCUGAAGUAUUGCAAGAGUUGGGAGGCUGGACCAAUGGUUUGAUUGUUGAUUGGUUCGAAGACUACGCGCGAGUGGUUUAUCGCAGUUUCGGUGAUAGGGUCAAGUUGUGGAUUACGAUUAAUGAACCAAAGCAGAUAUGCCAUUAUGGUUACGGUGAUGGUAUGCUGGCUCCUUUUUUAAAAUCUUCGGGUAUUGGCGAAUACAUUUGUGCACGCAAUGUACUCCUUGCACAUGCCAAAGCGUACCACUUGUACAAGAACGAGUUUGAGAGCAUACAGAAAGGAAGAGUUAGCCUAACGAUCGAAUGCACUUGGAAAGAGAGCGGUUCAAAUUCAACAGCAGAUAAGAAAGCCGCCGCUCGCGAUCGACAGUUCGAUUUUGGAUUAUACACACACCCCAUUUAUUCUUAUCAAGGAGACUUUCCAGCUGUGGUUAAACAUGCCGUAAAAGAACGCAGUAUUUUGGAGGGAUUUCCCCAGUCAAGACUUCCAUUUCUUACCUCCAAGGAAGUUAAUUACAUUCGUGGCACCUAUGACUUUUUCGGAUUGAACUACUAUACCACACAGUACGUAGUGGACGCACCUGCACCUCAUAUUGGGAUGCCAUCGAUGGAUAAUGACGUCGGCGUUAGCAGGUACUCAGAUCCGAAAUGGUUCGUGGGCACUUUUGAAUACUUUAAGAGCGUUCCUUGGGGUUUCCGGAAUCUACUGAAUUACAUCAAGUUAAACUAUAGAAAUCCCGAAAUCUUUGUAACUGAAAUCGGCAUUCCCGUUGAGGAAAAUUUCGCCAAUUAUGAAAAUAUUAAAUUUCAUAACGAUCAUUUAAAUGCCCUCUUAGACGCCGUGCAGAUUGACAAAGUUAAAGUUAAAGCGUAUACAGUUUGGUCCUUGAUGGACAACUUUGAAUGGGCGAAGGGAUACACUGUGAGGUUCGGAAUGUACUACGUGGACUUUGAGGAUCCUGAGCGCAAACGAACGCCAAAACUAUCUUAUCAGUUUUUUAAGAACCUUAUCAAAUCGAGAACGGUGACGAAUAAACUCGAUCAGCGCUUUGUGAAGCACUAAAUACUUUAAUUACAAGCCAUAAUUAGA